AAAUCACCGGCACAAACAGUACCACCAGCUUUUAUCUCCCUUCACUUCUUUCUUCUUCUUCUCUUGGAGGGAAAAUAAAUCUCAAUUCCGAAUUGAUAUGAACAAACUAAAUUUUAAACAAGCUCAACAGAAACUAGGGUUUACUAUCAAUGGUAUCAAGAAAUCAGAUCCCAAAGCUACAUCAGAAGGUACCCGCAAACCGUUGAAACGAAACUGUAAGCCAAUUAUUUUCAGACAAGUUCACCAACCAGAACCAGGGAUUUCUAUUACUCCGAACAAGAAAUUGGAUCCGAAAGCUACAUCAGAAAGUACUAGCAAACCAUUGAAACGAUGUUUGAAGGAAAUUACUUCGUCUACUGCUCCUCCUCCUGCAGCUAAAGAGCAGAAAUUGGACGAGAUUUGCAGGGUCUCUUAUGCGGAAACUAGUUUUUCUUCCGAGAAUGUUGAUGACAAGGAAGAGGAGGAGGAAUUGGCGGAAAAAAGAAAGGAAGAGGAGGAGGAAUUGGCAAAAAAAAGAAAGGAAAAGGAGGAGGAAUUGACAAGAAAAAGAAAGAAAGAGGAGGAAUUGGCGAAAAAAAGAAAGGAAGAGAAGGAAUGGGUUACCGUAUAUGGGUUUAACCCACGUGAUGCAGACUUGGUAUUGCGUGAAUUAAGGUCAUGUGGUGUGAUACUGAAGCAUGUCCGAGAUCUAGAUGAUGGUAACUGGAUGCAUAUUCUUUUUAAGAGACGGAGCGAUGCUCAAAAAGCUCUCGGCAAGAGUUGGAUGAAGAUCAAUGGAGGUCUUAUUGUGGGUGUAAAGCCACUGGAUCCAGUUGACAAACAUAAAGUUAAUGAAGAUGAUCUCAACAAACAGGAUGACCUGGAUCUCCGUCUGCUUCACCGUUCUGCUGCCUAUUUCUUCAUUUUAGGUUCAACUGGUAAUGUGUACACUGUCAGAUUAUCCAGAAAACCGUCAUGCAAUUGCCCCGACUCGGCAUUCCCAUGCACACACAUUCUUUUUGUGUAUACCCGUGUUCUCAAUCUCCCUUACCGUGGUGGUGAUUGUACGGCAAGCUUACUUACAGCCGUAAUCAACACAAAGGCAACGGCACCUGAAACCCUUGCUAGUGCUCGUCUACGUAAUCGCUUUCACCAUCCUUUUCUGAUGUCGAAAGUGGGUCCCCAGGUUGGCCCCCCUCCGCCAAUGGUCAAGUUGGGAGAUGAUGCUACUUGUUCUUUUGAUGGAUGUAUUGUUCCUUUCAUGGUUAAUGGAAAUCAAACAGAUAGCGAGGCAACUGAAGAUGAGGACGCUGACGAAGAUAAUCAAGACUGGGGUAUUGUUCAAUGUGGGACAUGUAGAACUGUGGGACACAAGGAGUGUUUGGCAUUUUCGAGUACAUUUAGAGGAUUGAAGGUACUUACAUGCAUGAUCUGUGAGAAAGAGUGCUGGAUGGAUCGUUCAGUACUGGAUAGCUAUCCCAACCUGGCAGCUAACCUUAGCGAUGAUGAAGGUGACCAAGAUGUAGUCGAAUGAAAGAUGCUCCUUAGCAAAGUUAAUUAGGUGGAUGUUUCUUUUGUGUAAUACCAUUUGUACUCCAAAUCUCACCCUGUAUUCUCAAUUUUUUAGUUUAAAGCAUACGACAAAUGUAUUAGAGAGAUAUACUAAAAAAAAAAAUACUCUUGGU